AUUCUAAGAGUUCGAAAUUUAGGACAUUUAACUGGUCAUAGAUCAUAUUAUCUACUUGGCGCAGGUGCGGAAUUAGAGGAAGCACUUGUUAAAUAUUCGUUAGCUAAGAUUUUGAGAGAAGGGUUCAAGUGCAUUUCAGUUCCCGACGCUGUUCGACCAGUGGUCUUUGAAGCUUGUGGCAUGAAUACAUCAGGGCUACACACACAAGUUUAUCACCUACAUCCAGAUAGGCAUAGUGAACUUUGUCUGACUGGGACAUCAGAAAUUUCAAUGGCUGGAUAUUAUAUGAAUCGUAUAUUAGAACACUGUGAUUUACCACAGAAACUGGCUGCCGUAAGUCGGUGCUAUAGAGCUGAAACGGCACACACUGCUGAGGCCAGAGGACUAUAUCGUGUGCAUCAAUUCACCAAAGUUGAAAUGUUUGCUGUUACUCGGAACAAUAUCGAAAGUGACCAAAUCCAUCAACAGUUUUUGACUAUUCAGAAACAACUCUUUUCUGGGCUUGGACUACAUUUCCGAGUUCUAGAUAUGCCGUCAGAAGAACUUGGAGCACCGGCAUAUCGGAAAUUUGACAUAGAAGCAUGGAUGCCAGGCAGGGACACGUAUGGCGAAAUAUCAAGUACAUCAAAUUGCACUGACUACCAGAGUAGAAGACUGAAUAUUAAAUAUAGAGAUAAAAGCAACUCGGAACACUUUGUGGGUACGGUAAAUGGAACAGCAUGUGCUGUUCCAAGAAUGAUUAUUGCAAUUUUGGAAACCUACCAGCAAGAAGAUGGUAGUGUAGAAAUUCCACUGGCUUUACAGUCUUAUAUGAGAGGACAAGCAGUCAUUACAAAACCCACAAGAAAACCACUACAUUUUACAAGAUUUUAAUAAAUGUAACAUAAACUGUAUUUUUGAAUAAAUAGUCAAUAUUUGAUUUGUAA